AUGCGUUCGGUGCGAAUUUUAUUUGGUGUAUCGCUGUUUUGUAUUCAUCAGCUUACCGUUUAUUCGGAGUUUCCAAAUCCUCCCGUGUAUCCUGCUGCGGUCACUCUAAUCAAAGAGCAUCGUGCUCUGGUGCAAGAAUUGAAAGAAAGAGAAACGAUUUUGAGUUUUGGCAAUGCUGAAGAUAAAAAUAAAUCACAAAGACAAAAGAUAAUUGACCAAAUAAUCAAUAAGACCAUAAAAGAUGGAGCUGUCCAAAAUUUAGAGACGUUGGUUAAUGAAAAACUAAUGAUAUUGAAGAAUUUAGCAAUUGAAGAGGGUUUGAAAAAGCCGGAUCAAUUCCUUGGCGUUCAUGAUUUUACCGAUAUUUUAGUGGAAAGUAGAGAAACCGAUCUACACAAAAUACUCAUAAAAAUGCCAAAAGGCGCUAAUCUACAUGCUCAUUCAACAUCCAUGUCAACACUUCAAACCUUACUAGAAAUGCCAACUAGAAAGUUUUGUGGAGCCGAUUAUGAGAAUGUGUAUGUUCUACAUAACAAUUAUGACUAUUCAGACAUAAGGGGCUUCAAAGUUUCAAACCAACCACCAACUUCAACUGAAAAGAAUCUGCAGUAUAGCAAACUCAAGGAGGUGAUGUUUUCUAACAAAUAUGGUGAAAAAGGAUUCAUUGAUGGUCUAAAAUCAAUUCUGACACUCAAAUCAAUAGACAAACAUCAUGGUGAAGAGGCUUGGACAGCAAUGAGUAAACCAUAUGCCGUGCUCAAUGGUUUGUUGAACUAUGCGCCAUUUCUAGAGAAGAUUAUUGAAAAGAGUCUCGAGGAGAUGAUGAAAGAAAAUGUUCAAUACGUCGAAAUCAGAGCUACUUUUGGAAUGGUAUAUGAUUUGAAAAAAGUGUUGUCACCCGAAGAAACGUUCCAAUUUUAUAAGGAUGUUUGUACGAAAUUCACAAAGAAGCACCUGGCUAGCGGAAUGCCGAAUCGAGGAAUCUUUGCGAAAAUAACUUUUAUCGGACCUGUUGGUCCGACGAAAGAACAGCAUGAAGACUUCUUCAAAAUCUAUAAAAGACUGGUGAAGAAAGAUAAAGAAGCCUAUCCUCUCUUCUUGAAUGGCUUUGAAUUGGAAGGCCCCGAAGAUGGUAUGUCUCCAGCAACACCUACGUUAGAUUCCUAUGUACCAUAUAUCAAAGAACUGGACACAUACCUAGAGACCAAUGAAAACAUAACAAAUAUGAACUAUUAUUUCAACGCUGGUCAAACCAAAACGUAUAAAAUUUCCGAUGAAAAUUUGUAUGAUGCCGUAAUGCUAGCUAAACGUAUCGGUCAUGCUUAUACUCUUCCUAAACAUCCGUACUUGAUGGAAUUAGCCAAGAAACGUGAUGUAUGCAUCGAAGUCAGUUUGACUGCAGAUUUAGCGACGAAACUAAAUUUCGACUUACACUCGCAUCCGAUGAGCGAAAUGUUAGCCAACAACGUUCAAAUGGUAAUUACGCCGAAGAAUCCAGCUUUCCAGGACUCAACGAUGACCGAUGAUUUCUAUCUCGCUUUUGUAUACGUUGCCGCCCAAGAGCAUGAUUUGAGUGUUUUGAAAAAGUUGAUUCUCAAUUCGUUUAAAUACAGUGGCAUGAACAACGAGGAAUUGACCGAAGCGGUAGAAGCAUGGGUUUCAAAAUAUAUGAAAUGGUUGAAGGAGACUAACCAAACAUUAUCUGCAACGAAAAUGAAAGACGAUCGAAGAAAACUCGAGUGGCUAAAACUAGAGAGAACUGAUUUCUUCAAGGAUGUGGUUACGGAUGAACUUAGAGAACAGAAAUAUCCAAAGAAUGAAUAUCCAGCAAUAAAAGAAAUAAUUAAUGCACGUUCGUAG